AUGGUGUUUCGUAUAACAAUUUUGCUUGUUUUAUUUGUCUGUGACUGUUCCUUUGCAAAUCAAGAGGAGGAUUUGAUAGAGACAGUGACACAACUUGAACAUUUAGCUAAGACAGUGAAGCAAGAAAUGAUUAAAGUGAGAAAUAAAGUGGAAAAAAGUCUCCAAGAUUUGAAAAGUUCAUGGAAAUCCAAAGACGUUUCCUUUCGAUCUAAAGAGCCUUUAAAGGCAUAUCUAGAAGGAGGGGAGAAAUUCAUAUUCACAAACACGCCAGUGAACAACGGAAAUACGUAUGAUAACAUCACUGGGGUUUUUAUUGCUCAAGUUACAGGAACUUAUUAUUUCGUAUUACAGAUGUGUCUUGUAGGAAAUUAUGUUGACUUGUCAAUUCGCAAAGGUGAGAAUUUAUAUAGCUGGGCACGUUUCUUCCCAUAUUAUUUGUCGUGUCAGACUGUAGAUAUGUUGACUCCCUUACAACAAGGUGAUAAUGUGUAUGCUUCCAAGACCUCCUCGUGGGAUUACGAUAUAAUGCAUGUUGGCAAUGACCUUUACAACACUUUCUCUGGAGUACUUAUUGCUUAA